AUGACCAUUAAGCCCGGCACAGAGCGCCCAGUUGUUAUCAUCGGCGGCGGCGUCCUUGGCCGCCGCAUUGCUUGCACUUUCAUCGCAGCCGGCUACCGCGUCCAUAUCCAAGAUCCCUCGCCUGUCGCUCUCCACGAUGCCGCCGCUUAUAUUGAAACUCACAAGGUCGAAUUCUCAUUGAUGCCUCGCAUCCACAAGGCUCACGUGCAUCCCAGCGAGAGCACCGAGGCAGUGGGACCUCAGGUUUCUCAAGUCGACUUAGAGGGGUCCACUGACGCGAUGUUUGGCGUUUGCAAGACUUUCACCGAUACAGAGUCAGCUGUAUCCGAUGCUUGGUUGAUCAUCGAGGCUGUACCUGAGAUCUUACAGUUGAAGAUUGAUACUCUGGCCAAGCUGGAUCGACUCGCUCCCAAAGACUGUUACAUCGGUUCGAACAGCUCGUCUUUCAAGUCGAAGCUGAUGCUUGUCAAUGUCACUCCUGAGCGCCAUCAGAAAGUCUUCAACAUUCACUAUACUAUGCCUCCUGCUAUCCGUACCGUUGAGCUGAUGACCUCCGGUAUGACCGAUCCGAAGAUCUUCCCCCACUUGGAGACCGUCUUAGGCGAGUGCGGCAUGUUGCCCGUGACUGCUCGUCGCGAAUCAACUGGAUUUAUUUUCAAUCGUCUUUGGGCAGCAAUUAAGCGCGAAAUCAUGCACAUUCUCUCCGAGGGCGUUAGCGACGCUAGCCAGAUCGAUCUUCUUUGGGAGGAAAUGUUUAGGAACGGCCCUCUUCCCUGUCAAUUGAUGGACCAAAUCGGUCUAGAUACCGUUGCCUUCAUUGAGGACAACUAUAUUCAGGAGAAGGGAUACGACCCCGUUCCUACCGUCGACUGGUUACGCCGAGAAUAUAUCAAGAAGGGUCGUCUAGGGAAGAAAAGCGAUAAGGGUGGUCUCUACCCUUCUGUCCCUGCCGAAACGAUCGCCACAAACCCCCACGGCACCACCAAGGAUAUCUAUCUCCUAGACGUCGGUCUCGGUGCUAAUACCAAGGAGGUCUCUCAGGUGCACUUGAGCGGCAAGAUUCUGCGCCUGAAUCUCGCCACCCAGAAGUUGACAACCAUUUUGGUCGGCCAAAGCCUUCCCGACGGAAUCGAUGUGUCGGUGUCAACGCAACGAAUCUUCUGGACUAACAUGGGCCGUAGCACUGCCUCCCAUGAUGGUUCCGUCUGGUCCGCCAAUUUGAACGGCGGCGACGUUAAGUGUAUGGUGCCAGUUGGCAAAGUACAUACACCGAAGCAGCUCGUCGCCGUCGAGUCCCGCAGGCAAAUCUACUUCUGCGAUCGUGAGGGCACUAGCAUUCAUCGCUGUGAUUAUGAUGGUAGCAAUCACGUGAUUUUGCUUCAGCGCCGAGUGGACUCUAGCAUGAAUCUCUUGGACCAGAUGACCAACUGGUGUGUGGGUGUUUCCGUCGAUGCUAAGCGUGGCAUUCUUUACUGGACUCAAAAAGGCCCUAGUAAGGCUGGUCGUGGUCAGAUCUUUUCUGCUGGUCUGGAUAUCCCUGCUGGCGAGACUGCCGAGAACCGUACCGAUAUCAAGCGUCUAUGGAACAACUUGCCCGAGCCAAUUGAUCUCGAGAUUGACGCUGAGACUCAGACCCUAUACUGGACUGAUCGUGGUGAACACCCUAUAGGCUGCACCCUGAACCGCGCCUAUGUUGGUGGCGACGAAAUCAGUACGGAGAAGUCCAUUUUGGCGCGUCACUUCCAUGAGCCUAUUGGUCUAAAGUUGGACAAGGCCAAUAACACUGUCUAUGUGACUGAUCUCGGUGGUAGUCUGUACUCCGUGUCGCUGAAAGAUGGAGUCAAGACAGAGCUUUUGCGCAACGAUGCUUCCUACACUGGUCUGACUCUUGUUUAG